AUGCCCGUCAGACUCAUCAUCAUCAGCUACCGCAAGCCCGGCCUCUCGCCUGAACUCUUCAAAUCAUUGUACGAAGAUCACGUCAAUCUCAUCAAGCGUCUCGCUGUUGAUACCUUUCCACUCUCUCACCAACGCAGCUACAUCGCUCGUACGACGGUCUCUUGUCCUCCUGAUGAUGCCACCACUCGCAAUCGUCUGACCCCAGCGACUGUGCCGAGAGGCGCGCAGUCUGACUUCGACUUUGAUGCAAUAGCGGAGCUCGGAUUUGCCGAUCGAGCGGCAUUGGAUAGGUUUUCAGCGAGGGUACAGGAGCCUGAUGUGGCCGCAGAAAUCGCAGCUGACGAGGACAAGUUUUUGGAGCGUUCAACUGUUGCGAUUGCGAUGAUCGAUGAAAUGCGUGAGACACGUAAUGAAUUUUAG